AUGACCCCAAGGCUCACCAGCUCCCUUCUUGCUCUUUCCAGCCUGACCGGGCGGGAGGUCCUGACACCCUUUCCAGGCCUGGGCACUGCAGUGGUCCCAGCCCAGGGUGGUGCCCACCUGAAGCAGUGUGACCUGCUGAAGUUGACCCGCCGCCAGAAGCAGCUCUGCCGGCGGGAGCCUGGCCUGGCAGAGACCCUGCGCGAUGCUGCACACCUCGGCCUGCUUGAGUGCCAAUUCCAGUUCCUGCAGGAGCGCUGGAACUGCAGCUUGGAAGGGAGGACUGGGCUGCUCAAGAGAGGUUUCAAGGAGACAGCCUUCCUGUAUGCGGUGUCCUCGGCUGCCCUCACACAUGCGCUGGCCCGGGCCUGCAGUGCAGGGCGCAUGGAGCGCUGCACGUGUGAUGACUCCCCAGGCCUGGAGAGCCGGCAGGCCUGGCAGUGGGGUGUGUGUGGCGACAACCUCAAAUACAGCACCAAGUUCCUGAGCAACUUCCUGGGGCCCAAGAGAGGAAGCAAGGACCUGCGAGCACGGACUGAUGCCCACAACACCCACGUGGGCAUCAAGGCCGUGAAGAGUGGCCUCAGGACCACCUGUAAGUGCCACGGUGUGUCGGGCUCCUGUGCUGUGCGGACCUGCUGGAAGCAGCUCUCCCCAUUCCGAGAGACCGGCCAGGUGCUGAAGCUACGCUACGACUCAGCUGUCAAGGUGUCUAGUGCCACCAAUGAGGCCUUGGGCCGCCUGGAGCUAUGGGCACAUGCCAAGCCAGGCGGCCCCACUAAAGGCCUAACACCCCGGCCUGGGGACCUGGUCUACAUGGAGGACUCCCCCAGCUUCUGCCGGCCCAGCAAAUACUCUCCGGGCACAGCAGGCAGAGUGUGCUCCCGGGAGGCCAGCUGCAGCAGCCUGUGCUGCGGGCGGGGCUACAACACUCAGAGCCGCCUGGUGGCCUUCUCCUGCCACUGCCAGGUGCAGUGGUGCUGCUACGUGGAGUGUCAGCAGUGUGCACGGCAGGAGCUGGUGUACACAUGUAAGCGCUAGACUGCC